GCAACAGCCACUCCACAAGGACCCACCGCCUUCGCCCGACAUAUCAAACCAGCAUCACACCCACAACCUCGAUUAUCGAACUCUCAUUUCACCUUAAUUGUCCACCAUGCCAUCCAGUCCACAAUCCUCCAGAUCCCCCUGGAUACUCAUCGCCGUAGCAAGCGGCGCCUUCGCCGCGCUGAACGGGCUCUUCGCGAAACUAACACAGCUAAAAAAAAAAAAAAAAUCCACAGAACGACGGAUAACCACACCUCGGCUGUAGCCCAGUUCCUAGCUCACCUGGUGGGCCUGGACGAAUCGCCGGUUCUGGAGAUGCUUAUUCGCGGUCUCUGUCUGGGCCUCAAUGUUCUAUGCAAUGUUAUCAUGUGGGCGCUUUUCACCCGCGCCCUGACAGCCGGCCCGUCUACCACCAAGGUGUCCAUCACCAACACCGCGUCGAAUUUCUUGAUGACGGCGCUGCUGGGGAUGGUCGUGUUCCAGGAGGCUGUGGGCGGGUUGUGGUGGAUUGGGGCUGCGAUGAUGGGGGCGGGUUGUAUCUUGGUUGGGAUGCGCGAGGGUGCAUAG